CCCCGCGGCUGUGUCUAACGCCAUGUGGACGGGCGUGUGGGUGAAGGACAUCCUCGAGCACGUGGGCAUCAAGUCCUUCGAAGAGGGGGGGAAGCACGUCUGCUUCAUCGGGGCCGACAAGCUUCCGAACGGGUACUACGGGACAUCCAUCCGCCGCGAGGUGUGCAUGGACGAAACCGCGGACGUGCUUCUGGCGUACAAGAUGAACGGCAAGGAGCUGUCCCCUGACCACGGCUACCCCAUCCGGCUAAUCGUGCCGGGGUACAUCGGCGGACGCAUGAUCAAAUGGCUCACUGACAUCGAGGUGACUGACCUGGAGAGCGACAACCACUACCACUACUUCGACAACCGAGUGCUUCCUUCGCAGGUUGACGCGGAGAAGGCGGUGGCGGAGGGCUGGUGGUACAAGCCCCCCUACAUCAUCAACGAGCUCAACAUCAACAGCGCCAUCGUCUCUCUCACCUCCGCCGAGACCACCUACACCGUCUCCGGCUACGCGUACGGCGGCGGCGGGAUCGCCCUUACGCGGGUGGAGGUAUCGCUCGACGACGGCAAGACGUGGGAGCUGGCGGAGCUGUCCAUCCCGGAGAAGCCGCGCCACAUGGGGCGGUACUGGUGCUGGGUCUUCUGGGAGUUCAAGGUCGACGUCCUCAGGCUGAUGAAGUGUGAGGAGAUCGUGUGCCGCGCCUGGCAGGGGCAGAACACCCAGCCGCAGAACAUCACCUGGAACCUUCUGGGCAUGAUGAACAACUGCUGGUUCCGCUGCAAGGUCCACCCUACCAGGGAUGACAGGGGGGCCCUUGCCCUCACCUUCGAGCACCCCACCAUGCCCGGCCCUCAGCCGGGUGGCUGGAUGGUCAAAGGAGGCGGGGGGGUAGGGGGCGUGGUGGCCAAGGCGCCGCCGCCGAAGACCUCCUCGAAUGGGAAGUCUUUCAACCUCAAGGACGUCCACAAGCACGACCACGAGGACGACUGCUGGAUCGCCGUGGACGGGAAGGCUCACACGCACUCUCUCUCUCCGCUGUGCCUGGGCCAGGUGUACGAUGUGACCGACUUCCUCGACGACCACCCCGGUGGGGGGGAGUCGAUCACCAUCAGCGCCGGGCAAGACAGCUCCGAGGAGUUCAACGCCCUCCACUCAGACAAGGCGCGGGCCAUGCUCCAGGACUAUUACAUCGGCGACCUGGACAGCAGCGUCGCUAAGCCAGAGAAGAUCGUCGAUGAGGAGCAGCUAGUUGCCCUCAACACCCGACAGAAGCUGGCGGUGCCCCUCAUCGAGAAGGAGGUUCUUUCGCACAACUCCCGCCGCUUCCGCUUCGAGCUCCCCACGAAGGACCACAAGCUCGGCCUGCCCAUCGGCAAGCACUUCUUCGUGUCCGGGAGGUGGAAUGGGGAGUUCGUCAUGCGGCCGUACACCCCGGUAACCGGGGACGAAGUUUCCGGCUACGUGGACCUCGUCAUCAAGGUGUACACCCCGAACGACAGGUUCCCCAAGGGCGGGAAGAUGUCGCAGAUGCUGGACGCCCUCGACAUCGGCGACACGAUCGACAUCAAGGGUCCGGUGGGGGAGAUCGUGUACCUCGAGCCCGGGCAGUUCCUCAUCAAGGGCAAGCCCAGGAACGCCAACAAGCUCGCCAUGCUCGCGGGCGGGACCGGUAUCACUCCGAUGUACCAGGUCAUCAAGGCGGUGCUCAGCGACCCCGCGGACAAGACGUUGUGCAGCCUGAUCUACGCCAACCAGAUGGAAGAGGACAUCCUUCUCAGGGACGANGGGGGGGGGGGGGGGGGGGGGGGGGGGGGGGGGGGGGGGGGCUCCCUGGACGCCUUGGCCAAGGCGAACCCGGACAGGUUCAAGCUGUGGUACACGCUCGACAGGCCCAGCGGCGACUGGAAGUACGACAAGGGCUUCAUCUCGAAGGACAUGUGCGAGGCGCACCUCCCCGAGGCGUCGCCGGAGACGAUCGCGUUCAUGUGCGGACCGCCGGCCAUGAUCAAGUUCGCCUGCAUCCCAAACCUGGCCAAGAUUGGCUACGGCAAGGACGACUGCAUCAGCUUUUAGACAUCUUCUAGACUUGUGGAAGCCAUUAACGAAAACGACGACGCGUGGAAGCAUAAUUCAUUACGGAAAAAGCCGCGUGUUAGUUAGGCGGGGGGGGGGGGGGGGNNNGGGGGGGGGGGGGGGGGGGGGGGGGGGGGGGGGGGGGGGGGGGGGGGGGGGGGGGGGGGGGGGGGGGGGGGGGGGGGGGGGGGGUGGAGGUGUUCGCCAGAGGCAAAAAUAUCCGUCUCGCGUUGUGAAGGAAGCAGUUGGAAGGAGGAGAGAGGGACGAAAAAUACCUUCGCUUUCUGAGGGAACUUUAUUGAUUUUUGUUGCGUAGCCCAGUGUUUGACGGGAAGGCUCCAGAAGAAAAAGUACCGAAGCGGAGACCCUUCUUGACCUGGAAGAAUGACAAGCCGUACGUAUCUAUGUAUGACUGCAUGCCAUGUCAGACCUACAAGAGUGCUCGUUUUGAUUGUUUUUUUUGCGGGGGGCGAGUGUUUCGGUGACGCGCGUUUUUAUUGCGCAUGAUGGUGAUUGAGGCUACGCCCUUCCGCGUUGUGAGCUGGCGAUGCCGCCCGCCGUGCUCAACUCGCUUUGGCUAGACAGACGGAGGGGUUUGUGGACGGACGGAUGCUUGGUAUUUUGCCGCUCAAGCGAAGCAUGCGCAAGCACUUUUGGCACUUUUGCCUGUUUCCCGGGAGCAAAGAAAGCGAGGGGUUGUUUUCGCUGUGAGGAGGAGGACACCAAGGAGUAUAUCAAAACCAUAGACGGGUGUAGGCUGGAUCGAUCGUUAACAUGCUCGUGCCCGACAGCGUGCCAUAUGGCGUAUGUGGAGACCGCGGUCGAUGGGGAGGGGGAGGGGGCGGGGGGUAUGCUGUUUUGUCUUUUCGGCUCUCGUACGAUGUCAGGGGGCCGGCAAUAGACUGGUGGCUUGGUGGUGGGAACAUAUUCUUUUCCUAGGAUAACGAUCAACGCCCUUGCAAGUUUCGGUGUGCUGUACGGAGAACACGAAAGGAGUACACACAAGAUUGACGGACGGGGGCGUGUUUUCCCAAGGGACUAGCAUAGCCAGUACAGGGGCGCGACGCGGGCACGUUUUGCUCCCUGCAUACGGCACCUACCUAAUGAUAGGCGUGGCCACCUGCCCAAGGUUCCUGGGUUAUGUAUUGUGGCACACCCUCGAGACCUGUAGCUGGAAAUCUUGCCUCUGCCGUCGUCACGUUCGGCAGUCAAGCCUGUUUUCUUCGUUUCACGUAUUUUUUCUUCCUUUUGUACAUCCAACGAUUUUUUUUACUUCUUGUAUAAGUUUGGCGUGGCAGUGCCCGUCCGUCCGUCGAGAGCGACCAAAGGAACGUAACAGAGGAAUCCAAUAGUGGUGGGUCAUGAUUUGCAGUAUCGCGAUUCACAGCAGUAGAUACCAACUUAGGGGUUGGUAGUGCGUUCGAACAGCGUAACAAGUGUAGCUUGGUGUGCGGGCACUCAUCAUCAGACCGACGCAUGGGCCUUUUAGUGCGCCCGUCGUUUGACGGCAUGUUUUUUGCUCUGUAACGGAGGGAUGGAUUGAUGCGUGGUGUGACCCAUGGUUGAUUUCGGUCUUCGAAAACCGGUGCGCGGAUCGACUUGCUUUCGUGAAGCAUUUCUGGCAGUUAGGACUGACUGCGGCUCGCUGCUUCUUUUUUUCCCUGUACGCUUUUAUGAGUCUUGUUCCUGUUGCCGGGAUGUGGACUCUGUGCCUUCUUUUUCGCCCAUUACGCGGGGGGAGUGGGUAGCGAUCCAGCAAUAUCUGCAGGAGGAACCGUCGGUGCCAGAGAAUACAGGUGUCAAUGAAGGGCCCAAUGUUGUUGAGGAAUUUUUCCUCGACAUCUUCGCACACCAGCAAGGACCGUUGUCGGCGCUCCGGUCGAAAAUUGUAUGUGAGAAAAAUGCUAGAUUCCCUUCAAGUAAGCUCGAUCGAUGGUGGUGCCGGUAUUGUCGGGCGUAAUGAAGUAUGUACAACGCCGGAGGGGUUUCUCUUCCCUCUCUCAAAAGACAGCGCGCAGGCCUGGUGUAUGUGUGUUUAACCCGAUAUGACUUGUAGAAAACGUGUACAUCACGUGUUUUUGGACGGUGUGUACUGGAAGAAUUAAUGGAUAAACGUAUUCAAGCCAGCUCAAUUCAACUCAAUACCGCACGUACCUUUUGUACGAGUCCAGCCACCUACCUACGUGUGUCCGUUCUUAUCGUGUCGGGGCGGCAUGCAUGGUGGUUCUGGUGUUUGGGCGCGAUGAUUAUGGUGGUUUAUUUCCGCGGCUAGAAUGUUCCAUCAUGCCGCCUUUCAUUGUAAGCCUUGUUUUCGCGCCCUAGGAACGGAUGUGAUGGAUGAUGAGGACGGACGGCGACGAAUGAACUCAUUGAUUGGUGACAACAAUGCCUGACGUAGUAGUAGUAGGCAUUACGAUGUGGCAAAAAUAAGAAUGGUUUCCUUUCCUUGCCUUCUCCCCUCAGGCUGGGUGCGUUCCCCUCGAGCC